AGUUGAUGACGCAAAUCAAAACAAACGCCAGUCACGUACCAAGCGUAGUUCUGGAACCUGGUUGCUGUUUACGAACACUCUUGUUUUUUUAUUGUAUUUUAGCUGAAUAUUUGCUCUGGUGUUAGUGUGUCCGUAAUGCCUCAGCCCCCUGACCCUGCGGAGAGACAGCGGCACGCGCCGCUUCCUCUGGUCCGCUCUCUGCACAGUGAUUUCCCGGUGCGCGUGCUGUUUUUUAACCUCAGCUCGCGCACCGUCUGCCUGCUGUGGAUCAACUUCCGGGGCGAUCCGGUGUCUUACGGCAACCUGGAGCCGCACACCGGCAUGAGGAUGAACACUUUCGUAGGGCAUCCAUGGAUGUUUCGUGACAUUAAGACUGAUGACCCAAUGUCAGUAAAUAAUAAAGAGAUGUACUUGCCCAAAGCGCUGGAAAACGGCCAAGUGUCUGUGGUCAACAUCACACUACCAGUGUUUUCCCUGAAGGACCGUUGUCUGCAAGUGGUCAGGAUGCUCGUGCGUGCUGAAGAUUUCUCUCAGUUAGAAAUCGCUCGAAGUCUUCAGGAAGAUCUCGCUAACAAGCCGAGCAUCCAGUCUGACUUGCGGCGCAUCAGCCAGAGAGUGGAGCAGAGACUGCUGCAAAACCGAGAGGCUCAGAACACCUGAAGAGCUCCCCUGGCUUUAUGAAUCAUACUUUAUAAUUAUUAUUAUUAAUACACCCAGCUUCAGACAGAACCUCAGCCUGGAGAGUGACCCAGAGAGGCCGGGAACGCUGUGUGAAGAUUUCCACUACUUUUUUAAGGAAACCAGGACUUUUUUUUUUUUUUUUUUUAAGAGCUAAAAUUAUUUAAAAUUUAAAUGUGCAACAGGCUUGUGUGUUUGUUUGGUCAUUCAUGUUUUUGUUUUAUUUUUUCCCUUACAUGUACUAGUAACUGAGGGGAAAUUUUGGACAUGUCAAUUUUAGACAUUAGAAUGAUAUUUGGCCAUCACUGCACAAACCCAAAUUAUCUGUCUGUCUGUCUACAUAUCUGUCUAUUUGUUUUUUUUUUGUUUUUUUUUUUGUUAGAUUUUAUUUUACUUAGUUCUUCUCAAAAUGUAGAACAUAACUGGCAUAAUAAUAAAUUUAUAAACAGAGUGAGGAAA